GAAUAGAAUAGGAACAGGAAAAUAGGAAUAGGAAAAUAGGCAUAGGAUAGGAUAGGAUGAGCUGGAAGGGACUUUGGAGGUCUUCUAGUCCAGCCCCAUGCACAGCUCCUGUGGAAAUACGGAUCAUUUCAACCCUCCCGUUAGAUUUCCAGUUUCCAGAAUUAAAACAUUUACCAGAUCGCGGCCGCCCAAAGUUGCCUAGCUGGGAAGAUUUACAAAGCGGGUGUGUGUGUGUCCCCUUUCAAGGUCAAGUUGACCCCUCCGGCCCUGGGUUUUUUUUUUUUUUUUUUUUUUGGAGUCCAUUUCGCCCUUUCCUGCGGGAUUGGGCUAAAUCUAGACCUCUAACGGCUAACCCAGUCUUCCACCUCGUGUUUGCUGAGGCAACCGCGGCGCAAAGCUGCUUUCUUCUUGGCGCUGCGAACAAGGUCGGCGUCUUCAAGAGGGGAAAGGGGCCUGGGAAUCCCUCCUUCCGCCGUAACGCCUCAGCAGCAACAACAACAAAAAGGGCAGAUCGCUUGCGCUCGGCUUCUGGAUUGCAUAAACUCCGGGAAAAGGAGGAGGAAGGAGGAGGAUCUUGGUCGGUAGGCCGGACCGGACCGCCUCCUCUGUCUGACGGCCGAGUCAUGGCGCGGAUUCUGAUCGUAGGAGCCGGGCUGACAGGUAGCCUGUGCGCUGCGCUUUUGCGCGCCGAGUUUCCUCAGCGUCUUUUGCGCGUCGUGGUUUGGGAUAAGGCGCAGGGCGCAGGGGGAAGAAUGUCGACGAGCCGGAGCGAUCGCGAUCCGAAAUGCACGGCCGAUCUGGGUGGCCAAUACAUCACGCGGACGCCCGACAAUGCGAAGGCGCAUCAGAGCUUUUAUGAAGAUUUGUUGUCUCAUGGAGUCCUGAAGCCAUUGACUGUCCCAGUAAAAGGAAUGGUGGUGAAGGAAGGAGCAGAUAACUUUGUAACACCCCAAGGAAGUUCAUCCAUUGCUAAACAUUACUUAAAUAAGGCAGCAGACGCAGAUGUCUUCUACAAUCAUCAUGUUACUCAAAUCUGCCUCAAAGAUGGAAAGUGGGAAGUGGGUACCAGUACAGGCUUUUCUGACUGCUUUGAUACAGUUAUUCUCACAAUGCCUGUCCCACAGAUUCUUCAACUUCAAGGGGAUAUUGCAACCAGUGGUGAAAGUGAGUUUGCCUAGCUGUGAUCCAGUAAAAGCUACUAUUUGUCACAGUCUCUUUUUGAAGAAAAGGAAUGUUGUGAUGCUCCAGAAAUGUUACUGUGGGAUGACCUGUCACAUAGAAAACAAUGUCCUUUGUCAGAUGCAUAUUGAAGAAUUGGAGGAAGAAGGAACUCUAUUAUUUCAAAAUGAAGCAGACUUAAGGGGGAAAUCCUCACUAACCUCGUAUAUUUUAUGAAGCCCAGAAAAAAAUAAAUUUCUUUGAAUAGAAAUGCCAAAUAUGGGAGUUAGAUAGAAGGCAGAAUCAAUAAAGAUAGAACUAUCAUCUUGGAUAUUAAGAAUGUAAGAUGUCUGGGACAUCAAUGCUGUAUAAAUCAUCCUCUUUACACAGGAAACAUGCUAGGUAAGAUAAAAAUAAAGGACAAAAAUUGCAAUAAAGCAACCAAUCUUUGCAGGGUAGAUUAGGAGAAUACAGAGUAUUAAAAAGUGGAAUAUCUCAAGAAGAUAAUGUCACUAAGUGGUAUAAUUUGUUAAAAUCUCUUUAAAAGCAAAGUAA